UUUUUAUCUCCCCGAGUGGUAACGUCUUCCUUAAACUAAGAGUUCCGCAUAUGCACCGGAAAUGGCAGAAUUGUGUGCGGAAGAAUGCCAGGGUGGGAACGGAAGUGGUCGGAAGUAGAGCGGAUCGGCAAUGAACAACAAAUUCGAUGCUCUUAAAGAUGACGACAGUGGGGAUCAUGAUCAGAACGAGGAAAACGGCACACAGAAAGAUGGUGAGAAGGAAAAAAAUGACAAGGAGAAAAACCAAGGCUCUUCAAGGAAAAAGAGUGUUGUGCCAGGACCAGCGGAGCACCCCUUACAGUACAACUACACAUUUUGGUACUCACGCAGAACUCCAGGAAGGCCGACCAGCUCCCAGAGCUAUGAGCAGAACAUUAAACAGAUCGGUAUCUUUGCUUCUGUGGAACAAUUUUGGAGGUUCUACAGUCACAUGGUUCGUCCUGGGGACCUAACUGGGCACAGUGAUUUUCACCUCUUCAAGGAAGGGAUCAAACCAAUGUGGGAGGAUGAUGCAAACAAAAAUGGAGGAAAGUGGAUAAUUCGCCUACGCAAAGGCCUAGCAUCGCGAUGCUGGGAGAAUCUCAUACUGGCCAUGCUGGGAGAGCAAUUCAUGGUUGGAGAGGAGAUCUGUGGGGCUGUUGUCUCUGUCCGUUUCCAGGAAGACAUCAUAUCCAUUUGGAACAAGACUGCAAGUGACCAGGCAACCACUGCUCGUAUCCGAGACACAUUGCGGCGAGUCCUGAAUUUGCCUCCCAACACUGUUAUGGAAUACAAAACACACACAGAUAGCAUCAAGGACAAAACAAGCUUCAGGAAUACCAAAAUUGCUUUGUGAACACAAGGAUCUUUUCCUGCUUUGCUGUCUGCAUUCAGUUUGAGUAUUCUCUGUUUAAGCACCACCAGGUCAGAGGCCCAACAGUUCUUGGUAAAAAGUUCUACAGCCUCAACUAUGGCUGGGAUUGGGUUUGAUCUUUUUGCUGUUUUUUUUUUUAAGCCUGUUACCUACAUCAAUCAUCUUUUAAAGAUUUCUACCACUACAACUGCAUCCCUCACAAGAGGGAAAAGCAUUGUACAUUUAUUUUUGGGAUCUGUUUUAUUUCUUACAUUAAAUUUCCUUGGAUCAAGAGCACAAUGAAAAUUGUUUGUAGCAUGCCGGAAUCCUCUAGUGGCCAAGCAGAGGUAUAACAAAGCAUGCUAGUAAGUUAAAAAUAUAAAAUUUAUUGCAUGUUAUUAAAAUUCAAACAUUCCCCUAGGCGCUAUGAGGGGAAUGUUUGAAUUUUAAUAACAUGCAAUCAAAUUUAUAUUUUUAAUUUACUAGCAUGCUUUGGGAAUAUUUUUCAAGUUACAUGUUUUUUAUUUAUAGAUUUUAUUUCAUUUUUAAGUAAUGAAAGAUUGACAUUGAACUUUUUUUUAUAUGUAGAGUCCUCUUCAGCACUGAUGGAGUUAAGUACUCCCUUCUAUUGAGAAGUCCCCCCUUUCCUCCCAGCAUUUGCCUUGUUCCUUUUCUUAAGCACUUUGUUACUUUCCUUUCCAUUUGUUAUGCAAAGGAUUAUGUGUAUAGUAGUAAUCAUAUUGCCUGACCCAUUACUGAGAUAUAUCAGUAUUAUACUUUGUGUAUAUAAAAAAAAUGUUUGUUUGCUGAUGUCUGCAGCUGUCACUUCUUCUACAGCUUUGACAUUAAAUUGUAAGAUCUC